AGAGGCCUUGCUUGCGCAAAAUGGCCGCCGAGAGCAGAAGGUGGCGCUCUAGGGCGGCGUCUCUAUGACCGGGCAUACUGGUGGAGUUGACUCUUCGCUUGGGUUGGGGGGCUGGAGAGCGAGCGGGCCCGAAAGAGUCCCGACGAGGAAGGGACCAGUAGCUGCAAAAGAGCCGAGCGUGUGGGCGCCUACGCCGCAGCGGUGCCUGGAGCUGCCCUCCUCCUGCAUCUUUAACCGCCUCGCAGUUCUGCUAAAUCCGCCCUCAUCUCUCUCCCCCCCCAUUCUCCCCCUUACUCCAUUUCCACCCUCACAGCCCCUCCCCGCUCAUUUUUAGACCCCCCCAGCCUUCCCCCCCCGUCCCUUCCAGCUGCCCACUCCAGCCUAGUCUCCUCUGGGUGGCCUGAGAGGGUCUGAUCCUUCUGCACCUUCAUCGUUUUCCAUAUGCCACCCAACCGACCCCUCACCCCCUUUCAAAAUCCGCUUCUCCUUAUUCCGAAAGUUCCCGUCUCGUAGCUCCACGCCUCUGAUUCCCUUUCAUUCCUCGGGAAGGCAUUCUUUUUUUAAUUGCUAAUAUUAAAGUAAGGUGUUCCCUGCUUCCUCUGCCCCAUAUCUCCCAGGAAGACUUUGCCCUGCCUACUUCCAGUGCAACUUUUCUCUGGUGCUGGCCGCGUGUGUGGCCAAGCCCUCUCUCCGCCACUACUCCUGUUGUCUUGAGAAACCCUCUUUCCCGAGUCUGCCUACCCCAUCUUUCUUCUUGUAUGUAAACAAGUUUCGUUGUUGUACUCCUUGUUGCCCUUCCUCUCAUUUUUUGCAUUGCAUACUUACUUUGCUUUUAAAUUUCAACCCUCACACCUAAGCUUUCUGCAUGCUAGCUCUUAGGGGCUUGACCUGUUUAUGCAAAUAGUAUCUCCUCUUCUAUAUGUAGUAUUUUAAGGGGACAUGUAAAGACCAGUAACACUGAUCUGACUUGUUAGGCUUCUUAACUUCUUUGAAAUACUCCUUUUCUGGUGGUUGUAAUAAUUCUGGUCUGCUGUAUUAAUUGGGUUGGGGAAGAUCUUGCUUGUAAACUGCUUUCCUCCCCCCCCUCCAAACCUGCUCUGGUAGUCUUGAGGCUGAAGAGGAGGAUGCCAAGGAAAUUGCUGUUACCUUAUAGAUCUGUGUUUUCUCACCCUCGAGCUCCAAGGGGUUUGUAUGAUUCCUUGGCAAUGAACGCAGCCAGAAGUGGCUACCGGGUCUUCUCGGCAAACUCCACAGCAGCUUGCACAGAGCUGGCGAAGAAAAUCACUGAGCGACUUGGUGCUGAGCUCGGAAAAUCUGUGGUAUAUCAGGAAACCAAUGGAGAGACAAGGGUUGAAAUAAAAGAAUCUGUUCGAGGUCAGGAUGUGUUCAUUAUUCAGACAAUACCCAGAGAUGUGAACACUGCGGUGAUGGAACUGUUAAUCAUGGCUUAUGCACUGAGGACGUCCUGUGCCAAAAAUAUCAUUGGGGUAAUUCCCUACUUCCCCUACAGCAAACAAAGCAAGAUGAGGAAGAGAGGCUCUAUAGUCUGCAAACUCCUUGCUUCCAUGUUGGCCAAAGCAGGCUUAACACACAUCAUCACUAUGGAUCUUCAUCAAAAAGAAAUCCAGGGAUUUUUCAGCUUUCCUGUUGAUAACCUGAGGGCUUCCCCUUUCUUGCUUCAGUAUAUACAAGAAGAGAUUCCUGAUUACAGAAAUGCAGUAAUUGUAGCAAAGAGUCCUGAUGCUGCUAAGAGGGCCCAGUCUUAUGCAGAACGGUUACGGCUAGGACUAGCGGUUAUCCACGGGGAGGCUCAGUGCACAGAGCAAGACAUGGAUGAUGGACGCCACUCUCCUCCAACAGUAAAAAAUACUACUCUGCACACUGGUCUGGAGCUACCCUUUAUGAUGGCCAAAGAGAAGCCACCAAUAACAGUAGUUGGAGAUGUUGGAGGUAGAAUUGCCAUCAUUGUGGAUGACAUCAUUGAUGAUGUGGAAAGCUUUGUGGCAGCUGCAGAAAUCCUGAAAGAGCGUGGUGCUUAUAAGAUCUUCAUCAUGGCAACUCAUGGGCUUUUGUCUGCUGAUGCUCCACGUCUAAUUGAAGAGUCAUCAAUUGAUGAGGUGGUGGUCACCAAUACAGUUCCUCAUGAAGUGCAGAAACUGCAGUGUCCCAAGAUAAAGACUGUGGAUAUCAGUUUGAUCCUCUCUGAAGCCAUCCGCCGAAUCCACAAUGGGGAAUCCAUGGCUUACCUCUUCCGCAACAUUACCAUGGAUGAUUAGAUUCUCUUUAUCAUUCCCACAUCCUCAUUCCUUAAAUAGAAGGGAGAAAAGAAAUGUGCAAGGAAAUAUGCAUGAAUCGGCAGUGCCAUAAAGUUGAUGCUAUUUGGGUGGGGGAAGCAUUAGUAUGGGUCUGGGUGUCAAGAGAUUGAUGCCGUGAGGCCCAGGUAUUUCAAUUUCACUGGCCAACAGUCCUCGGAGCCAGCAAAUCAGGGUGCAAAUAGGCAUUGCAGUCUGUUUUAAAAACUGGUACUAGUGGUGGCCUUCUGUUCUUGUUCAGCAGAUCUUGUGUAUUCAAUUGCUUACAGAGAUUUGACUUCAUAAAUUCUCUAGUCAUGCAUGUCUUCAAGCUGUUUGGAAGGAGGUGUGAUUCUUCUUGCACUGCUGGAAUGUGCAAUGCCCUCUUACGGCCUUUGGAGCCAUUCUUAAUAUGGGUGCAGCAGAGCUUCCUCUUGUGAAACCAUCUACACAUAGGUACAUUUUAUUGCAGUCUAGGUAAUUUGAUCAGCAAUAACAUAGCAUGAUGCUAAGGGGUUCCAAAGUCAUGGUAGAAACUAGAAUGUGCUACCCCUCCUCCUCUAUAGAGCCCUAGGUUCAAGUUCUGCCUAGCUGGCCAUGUAACAAGAGUAUAUAACAUUUUAAGACUCUUGCUACAGUUUGUGAGUAAGUUUGUAAGAUUAAGUACAGUCUAAUGGGAUUUGCUUCUGGUGGUAUUCUGUGUUCCUUCAUGGCCAAAAAUUAAAGCACAUUGGCCAGAAAGUAUAGAAACAUCCAUGUAAUACCUUCCUGUGUGUUUUACACAGCUGUAUUCUUGAUGCAGAAUGGGAAAUCUAAAACAGUUUUUUAUCUGUUGCGUCCCUAAGAGAGAAUUCUAUAGUGCUAUCUAUUAACAUAUAGGGUGAUUCUGCCUGCUGCCCAGUGCAGUGUUUCUUAAAACAUUUUACUGAGAAGGUAUGCAAAAUUCAAAUCUGUUUGAGACAGUCCCAUUAUAUGGCCGCCUCCAGCUAACAGUAAAACUGCCUACCCCUUGUGCUGUGUUCUCCUAGGGUGCUAGUGUUUGACCUGUAAGAUUCCUGCAACUGUCUAGCAUAACCUUUUCUUUGUACCUUUCGGUUGUUGAGGUCCAAUGACUCCCAGCCUCCCUGAUCAUUGAGCCAUGCUGGCUGGGGUUGAUGAAGCUGUAGUCCAGUAACACCUGGAAGGCCCUAAGUUCCCCAUUCCUGAUCUAAGCAAUAGAACGCUUGGUCAUUAGUAAGAAUGAAUAGCAUACUUAUAUGACAAAUUACCUACUUCUUUAAGGUCUGCUAAGUAACAAAACACUCCCUUCAAGACAGCUCACAAAGCAGCUAGUGUUAAUUGUAUUUACUCUGAUAACUGUUUGAUUAAAAGCAAGAAUGUUGCAUUUGCCAACUACCGGAGGCCUAAGGCUGUCGUUCCACUCUGACUGGGCAAUUGGGGUGAGAGAUGACUAGGUGCAAGCCACAGUCACUGCUUGCCUGCCUGGUGGCUGCUACUCAAAAGCCCACUCAGUGUUACUAGCUAUCAUAGAGAUGGAGAAAAAGGGAAGCAAGCCUGAUGCUGCCCACCAUACUAAUCUGGCAGUUCCUUUUGAGGGAGCCCCUGGAACAUGACCCAGUCCUUUGCUCUGCCGUGGCUAUGCCUGGUCCAAUCCAUUUAGCCCUGCUUCCCCGCUUUGGGCCCAGUUGUCCCCUUACAUUUUCUAGGACCAGACCCUAUUUCUUUUUAACAGUUCAGCUGAAGGAAGAUUUAGAUCAAGGUAGCUUUUUCCUUACCACGUGUGAUGGUGUAACAGGAGAAAAAUUGCACCUGAUGAAAUAUUUAUUCCUGAGAGUGGACUUAAAGGGAUUGAAGGACUAAGAAACUCUACACCUCUGGCCAUAGUUCUUCUCAGCUUCCAAAACCCCCUCUCCUGGCCUCCUUGUUAUUUUAACAACUCAAAUCACCAUGUGAGGGGUUUUCCCCAAGUCCCACUUUAUCAACUCCACCAACUCUUUGCUUCAGUCUACGAUUGAACCUGUAGUAAACCUUUGUCUCAGCUCACACGCCCCUCAGCUUCCUACUGAGAGUGGCUCUGACCAUUACAAGAUUAUACAGGCUCCUUCUACAGUGUAAUGACUAAAGCAGUGGAGGUGUGUGAAUUCCAGAUACCCACUGCCACUGUGGACAUGAAGCACCAGAAGCUUAGAAAGGAUGUGCAACUCAUCCAUUUAGCACGCUCUGUAGCAGCCAAACCACUUAGGUCCUUGGAUCAUAACAGCUCUUUUUAUCUCAGCCUCUUGCAUAGGACCUUUUCCCAGUCAAACUGAAGACAUAUACUGUAUAUUAUGUUCUGUUCCGGAAAUUUCACAUCUCAAGCUGUUGCCUGGCCUGAGCAUCGGGCUUGCUUUCAAUAAGUCAGCUUUCAUUACCUCAGCAGUUAACACUCCAUGGUGUCAUAGCUGCUCAGCCAAUUCCUGUCAGAAGCUUUAAUACCAUGGAGUAUUUUUUUGUUUACUGCAUUACAAUAGAGGUUACACAGGGGCAGCCAACAUACCCUUCAGGUGUUGCUGGAAUAGCUGCAAUGGGUUGAGGUUGGUGUCCAGCAAUUUAUUGAGUGCAUCCCAUUGGCUACACCUGGAUUAUAGGAUCUUGAGAGUGUGUUCAAAUACUUGCAUUGAAAGAUGAGAAAACAAAAACCUGCUAUGGACUAAACCAGUGUUUCCCAACCUUGGGCCUCCAGCUGUUUUUGAACUACAAUUCCCAUCAUCCCUGACCACUGGUCUUGCUAGCUAGGGAUGAUGGGAGUUGUAGUCAAAAAACAGCUGGAGGCCCAAGGUUGGGAAACACUGGACUAAACAACCCAUUUGUUAACUAAUUAUCAACAACCACAUUCUAAGAGUUGACGCCAAACCAUAAAUGGUCCCAAUAUCCAUGGCAACAGGAUGCUAAAACAGUGACAUUUUACCAGCCAUGCAAGCAGAUAUUCUGGCACACCCAGGCACGGUUUAAGUGCCUUAUGGGUGAAAUGGCAAUUCUAAUUCACACUAGAGGUUGUAAGAACAGAGCCCAAGCAUACAGUAUCUUCUAGACUGAUAAAAAUGGAAACAACUUGUAAUGUUGAAACUCUCCCUUAAUAGCCUGAGUUAUCAAAAACACAGGCGAGUCUUUCAAAAGUUACCAUGCAGAGUGUUUUCUUCAUUUACCUUUUUUUUGGGGGGGGUAGUCCUUCACCUUUCCCCGACAUAUUUUUCCUCCAACUCAAGCGCAUUUUAAAAUGUAUAUCAUUCCAUAUUAAAUUACAGACAAGAAAACUGCAAGUCCAGGACAGGCUUUUAACUGUUCAGCAAGUAAAGUUUCCUCCAUUUAUGUAUGCAAAAAUGCACACAACACAACAUAACUACCUUUCUGUCUCAUCACGACUACCUAGGUAUGCACAUCUUGUUGAGAUGCUGUCUUUUAAAAGCCCUCCCAGAUGGCUUUAAACAUAAGCAAUACCUUGGGAUAGGUUUACUAUGAAUGCUGAGCAUUAGAGCAAAGUUACUAUCGUCCAUUGCUGUGAUUUUUAUGAACUCGGAUUCAAAAUUGUCUGAGAAACUUCUAAUGUUAACAGUUAAAGUAUUAGCGGCAUUGUGUAAAGUUGUGGGUAAAGUCCCGAACAUCGUGAGGUCUCCUUUGCUCUCAAGCGGUUCAGCUAUUCAUGAUGGAUUUCUGUUGCCAGUUUUACAACGAUGAAAACCACCUAUAUUCAUGUUGGAGGGUUAAAAUGUUCAUCUGUGCAUUAUCAUACUGCUUUGUUUGAACACUAUAUUGGUCCUUAAUGUUCUAAGCAAUUUGGCAGAGACAAUCGAUAUGUCAAGACGCUGGACUACAACAAGAGGGAUGGUGGAUGAGAAUUAAAGUGAUGUAAAAGUGUUA